UGGUGUUUGUACAUUUUCUUGAUAAUAAUCUAUUGUAGAUUGAAAUAUAUUAAAUGUAAAUUCCUAAUGAGUUUUGGUUUAAGUUUUGGUUUUGAUAUGUUGAGAAUUAUUUAUUUUGUACUUGUAACUUCUAAUUUAACUAAUCCAAACAUACUAAUACCAAAUCUACUUUUAUUAUAGAAGUUUUAAAGGUGUUUGAUGUAAAGUCUGAAUGUAGAUACUAUAGAGACAUUCGUAUAUAUUGUAAAAAUCAAUAUGAGCGCGUUGUCUGGAACAUGUUUGAUCCUGUAUAUAUUUGCGGGAGUGUUACUAAGAGGCGCGCGCGGGAAAUGGGUCGAGGGACAUGUUGAUACCAAAGAAAACUGGGCGUUCCUCUCUCGCUUUUGUUUUCUAUCAUUGGAGGGACAGUUCGAGUAUUUAAUAGAAUUUGAAAGGGACAUGGGCAUGCCGAAUCUGCUACUUUACUACGAUGAUGAGAGUCAAUGGCCGUCUGUUUAUCACAGCAGCAUGUCGUGCAAGGAACGCGAAGCCGUGUUGAACAAGAACGGACAGAAUCAAGUUUUAAAGUUAUCUCAUUGGUAUCCUGACACUGAAUAUUCCGGGUGUAUAGUUUCUAGAGCCAAUAAAGAAUUGGCGGCGGCGAAAAGCUCAUCAACAACAACAAAGCCUACGACGAAAAAGAAUAUUGAAACUACUAAAAGUCAUAAACUUGAGCCGCCUCUAAACACUUCUUACUACGACCAAUUCCUUAAAGCGACUACACCCAACUCUAAGACCACCACAGCUGAUGUGAACUCAUCAACUUGGUACGAAUUGGUACCAACUGGCGCAAUCAAUCUAUCAACGGUAUGGCCCGAAGAUGAAUGGGAAACAAUUAGUCCCAAUGAAAACGACAGUCCUUCUGAAAGUCUGGAUGAUGUCGAGAUCUUGUUUGAUAAUAGCAAUAGUAGCGGGCAUAAAAUAAAGCGUUCAACAGUGGAACUGUACGAGCGAUAUAAACGUCGGCGAUUGAGUUCACUGAGCGAGAGCGGGGCGGGCGCAGGGGGCGCGGGCAGAGAACGCCUCAUCGUCUCUUGUCAUAACUCGAGAAGGUUCCGUUCUGCGAGAGAGCGCUGGUGGUUCAUUGCAAUCAGCAACUGCAAUAGUCCUAAAGGAUUGGAUGUGAGAUAUAAGUUUUUGAUGACCAACGGCCCCGAUGGAGACUUUUGGCAUCAACAUUUCUCCGCUGACGAGUUCUAUGUCCUGCCUGUCCUCAUAGCGUAUACAUUCGCGUACGUGUUGCUAAUGGUCGCGGUAGUGAUGUGCAGCGUGGAGCUGAGGUCUCGUCACCUGCUGCAUUCCACUUACAAGCUGUUCUUAGUGUCAGUGGUCAGUCAGCAUGCUGGUGUACUGGUGCAGACAUUGGCUGCUAUCAGAUAUGCUGUUUCCGGUGUGGUGUAUAUGACGGCUAGGACUACUGGUCAAUUCCUGUGCGGCGUGUCUGAGACGACAUUCCUACUCCUGCUAGUAUUAAUGGCGAAGGGCUACACCAUCACACGUGGCCGUCUCAAGGUCGGCUUCACUGUCAAACUCACAAUCUUCAUGUGCUGCUACAUCGUCACAUAUAUCGUACUCUUUGUAUAUCAGGCUAAGAUGUUCGACCCUGGUGAGGUUCUAUACCUGUAUGAGAGCCCAGCGGGGUACGGGCUGAUCGUGCUGCGCGUCGCCGCCUGGGCCGCCUUCGCCUACGCCACAUUCUUCACAGUCAGGAAAUAUCCCGAAAAGAAUACGUUUUACUGCCCUUUCUUUAUUAGCGGUACAUUGUGGUUUUACGCGGGCCCUUUGUUUAUAUUAACUGCAAAUUCAUACAUUGAUAAGUGGGUUCGAGAGAGCGUUGUAAUAGCCGUCUUACUGUUUAUUACCUUUACUGGACAUAUUAUGUUUUUGCUAUUGACGUUGCCUGUGUUUGCAAAUAAAAAUUUCCCCUAUCAUGUUAGAACCACACAGAUAGGCAUUAUGGAGGUAACUGGAAACACUUCUUUGGAUGGAUUUGGUGCUAAUGCUUAUCAUCCGUCUAACGGAGUACCACAGACUGUAAUUAUACCGCUCACAAGGCGUACAGAAGAAUUUAUAGGCAACAUGUAUAGUCAAUACAUGGCGUCAGCACCGCCAUUGUCUUUGGAAAACGAAACACCAAAACUAAACGGAUAUUUGAAGCGGACAGAUUCUAAAAUAGUACAAAAUAAUCUCACAACUCAAGACAGCACAGAAACUAAUACAUCCGAUGAUAUAACUCCGCAAAUGGUUAAUGAUAAACAAAUAUUCACAGUUGAAAACCAAAUGGCGAAGAUUGGUUCAUUAACGCGGGAAACCUCUCUAAAAAAAGACAGCUCUAUUACCAGAGAUAAUCAUACGCCAAAAACAGAUAAUAAUAUAAUAAACAAGGAAACAUCACUAGAUGGCGAUGAAAAACAAGUUCAGAAUAUCGAUAUUGCAACACGAAACGAUUUGCCCAACGUUUUAAGACCCAGAAGAAAUAUAUUGGAACCGAUUAAGAAAGAAGAUGUGCCAUCUUGGUCUUUGGCUAAAGGUCCCUGUGUUGUUGCAAUGCAAAGGAAAACAAAGACUGUUGAUAAUGAAGACCGUCCAGAGUCACCUAGUGGCAGCUUACUUCUAACAAACGGUAAGAAAGUACCUCCCGUACGUAACGGACUGCGACAGACCUCUGGUGAAAUCUCUACAAUACACGAAGGACAUAUACAAAGCUAUCAGAAUACUGUCAGCAACGCAACUCUAGAUUUAUUCAAUGCUAGUAAAUAAGACUUUAAGUACAAAUAUUAAUAGUUGUUGAGUGUAAUUAAAACGCGUACUGGCCGUAAAAAAACUGAUGACUUUGGGGAACAUUUUUUUAAUGAGAUAAUUGACAGUAUUUAAAUUAGGUAUAAAGUUGAUACGAAAGUAAACUCACCGAACCAACGAUAAUCAACUCUACUUGACAAUAGAUUUAAAGUACAACAUUAUUGUGUAUGAGUUGUACUUAUUUUUAGUAAUUCUAUAGUAUUUGAUAGCUGUAUUUGUCUAAUUUAUUUUUAAGAGUAACUAAAUGUGUGUGUUUGUCUAGUGUAGUUUAUAAAAGCAAGUAAA